GGAGGAGCGAGUUUAACACCGAGGCGGACGGUGAGACCAUGGGCCUGCCGUGGCUGAACGGCAGCAUCAGCACCGCCCGGUGGUCGGGAGCUGCACUGCCGGACGUGUUGCAGGACGCCGGCGUGGAGCAGGCGGAUGCCGCCGCCCGGGGUUUCCGCUUCCUCACCUUCUGGGGCCUCGAGGGCUACCACGUGUCCAUCCCGCUCCGGAAGGCCUUCGACCGGGAGGGCGAUUGCAUUCUCGCGUGGAAGAUGAACGGCGAGGUCCUACCGCGAGACCACGGAUUUCCUCUUCGCGUUCUGGUCCCGGGCUUCGUGGGGGCGAGGUCCGUGAAGUGGCUUGACCGAGUAAUCUUGACGAAGGACGAGGUCGAGGGCAUGCACCAGACAGGGAUAGCCUACAAGCAGCUAGGCCCCAACCAGAAGUCAUUGAGCGCCGUUCCGAAAGAGCACAUCCGGGCGCUGCCGCCCGUCGAUCACGUGCCCAUCACGAGCGCCAUCACCGCCCCGGACCCGGGCUCCACGGUCUCGCCUGGCGAGAGGCUGGAUAUCGCGGGCUACGCGUACAGCGGGGCUGGAAGCGCCGUCAUCAGGGUGGACGUUUCCAUCGACGGAGGCAGGACGUGGUCGCAGGCGGAGUUCAACAGAGCAGACGAGUCGCAGGACGUGAGGAGCGGAAGAGCUUGGGCGUGGGUGCAGUGGCGGCACUCCGUGGUCGUACCGCAGGGCGCCCCAGACAUCCUGAGGAUCGCAUGCAAGGCCGUCGACGAUCAGUACAACCAGCAGCCGCACGAGGUGUCGCCCGUGUGGAACCUCCGGGGUAUUCUGAACACGUCUUGGGGGCGGGUCGACGUCGCGGUGGUGGGCGGCGAGAGGUCACGGCUGUGACGCGCCACGG